GGGGGGGGGGGGGGGGAGAGUCACUUUACAGGCAGCAGCAGAAAGUGCUGGAGCUCAGUCGACAGAGAGCGGCAGAAAGAGAGAGACGCAGAGCAGGGGCUCAGUUACACAGCAGUAACUUCAAACCAACACAGACAAAACCUCCUGGAGAACAGAGGAGGACAGAUCACACAGGAAGAAAGAAAGGAUUAUAUUCUGCUUUUUUUUCUGCCUCGGAGUCUUCUCCCCCAACCCCCCCACCCCCUCAUCAGAAACAUCUGUACUAUGGUCUAUUUAUUCCUCUUUGAACAGUUUUUUCUUUUUUCCCCAAACAUGCUUGUCUUCUCGUCCACCUUUUUGGAGUGUGUGAGGUGUUCGGGAGUGUUCCGGAAGAGCGCGAGGUGCUGAACGUCUGAAGAGCGCGAGGCUCUCAAGGUCUGAGGAGUCGUGAGACGAUCACAGAGAGAGAGACGAAAGAGCAGAGAGAGGAGCGGAGAGAGAGAGAUCGGUGCGAGGGGAGACAGCGAGGCUUGGUAGGCGAGAGGUGCUGGUAGGUUGCCGGGUGAGAUGUUCUGAGUUCUGGAUGUUGACACAUCCCUGUGGACGGGUCCAGAGUAGUACCAGUGCAGAACAGCCAAUAGAACAGACAUCAGCAGAAGCUCCGACGAGAACCGGAGGAAACCAACGAAGAGGAGAACUCUGUGGCGUAUCGAGACAUCUUUGAGAUCAAGACUUCAAUUUGGAACCUUUACAGAGACCUCGUGCUGUCCAAGGACCAGGACCAGGCUCCACCGACCUGUAAGAAGCUCCUUCACUGAUGUACCAAGCUGGGGUUCUUUCUCCAGACUGACGCGCACCAGGACAAACCCACAAGAACAACAACCUGAACCUGACGCCAGCCCCAGGCCCUGAGGCGGCCCCAGCCCCAGCAGAACCCCUCCUCGUGGAGCUGCAGGUGAGGAGGAGGAGGAGGUGGAGGUGCUCCCUGCUCCUUCUCCAGCAUGCUCCUUUCUGCUCCUCUAUCUCUGCUGCUCCUCACCCCACUACCAUGUUCACAUGGACAGUGACUCAGGGUGCCACUGCCUGCUCCAGCCUCCGACCCUCCUCCCUCCUCCUCCUCCUCUUCCUCCUCCUCCUCCUCUGCCCCCUGCCCUCGGCCGGGAGCCACAGUGGACCCGGAGCAGCCGUGCCGCGGUUACCCCGCGCCACCAACGCCAGCUCUUCGGCGGCGACGGUCGUCGGGCGGCAUGUGCGCAGCAGUUAUAACCAUCUCCAAGGCGACGUGCGGAAGAGGAAGCUGAUCUCCUUCUAUGGUUUCUUCCUUCGCAUUGACAAGAACGGCAAGGUCAAUGGAACCAAGAACAGAACCGACCACUACACUGUGUUGGAGAUCAAGUCAGUGGAUGUGGGCGUGGUGGCGAUUAGGGGUCUCCAUAGCAACUACUACCUGGCCAUCAGCAAGAAAGGAGACCUGUAUGGAGCGAGGGACUUUGGUGAGGACUGCCGUCUGACCGAGCGGAUUGAGGAGAACCGCUACAACACAUACGCCUCAGCGGAGUGGAAGAACAGGAAGAAGUUCAUGUUUGUGGGGCUCAACGCCAACGGCAAGCCCAUGAAGGGCAAGAGGACUCGAAGGAAGAAUACCACCACACACUUCCUGCCUCUGCUUGCUCUUCCUGCACUAGGGGUGUAACCGCAGCAACGCAACAGCAGUGGGGGGCCGCGCCACUGGACGCAGAGGGGGUGUAACCAUGACAACGGGUGGUGGACGCCAUUGAACAAGCCCUUGAGGAGGGUUGAGUGCACUGAAGGGAAACACAGACGUUAACACGACAAUGGCCCGGGGGGGCCUGUGCUACAGGUGUGACACAGACUCACAGAUCGGUCUGAAUUUUGGAGAAUCAGUCCACCGAUGUCCUAUAGUUGUUUCUAAGUUAUAAAGUUUAAGCCGGCACAGGAGAAAAUAUCAAAUUUUUCUGUGCCAAAUGUACUAUUAUUAUUAAUAAUAUUAUUAUUAUUAUUUUUUAAUGAAAAUGUCAAAGUAAAUUCUGCAGUAGAGACAGACAGGACCCUGAUGAAGACAUGAAUGGAGGGAGGACAGGUAUCAAUGCUGUACCAGCUGAGUUAGUAGGCCGGGGCAGACAAAAGUCAGCCUGUAUUGCCCAUCCUGGCCUUUAGUAUCGAGGCUGAUAGAGGCCAGUUAUACACAGUUAGUCCAAGUUGGCCUCUAGUCUGGUGAGGGGGGGGGGGGGGGCAGAACCAGAAGGUGGUGUGACUCAGAGACAGAUAAUCUAGAUAGUAGCAUCACAUAAACAACUCUAACAAAUAAUAUUAUUACUAACAACAUGAACAUUCACUGUGUUGGGUUAUUUCCAUUCUUUUUAUCUGACUGCUUUUAAAUAAAUUAUUUAUUUUAUGUGAUAUUUAAAGAAACAAAAGAACAAAAAAACAGGAAAGGACAAAUUCUUUUAUAACAUUUAAGCUCUUCUUUUUGAUUACUAAUCUAUGGUUUAAACAUAAAUAAAGUAAAUAUAUUUCUCUUUAUA